AUGACAGAUACAGGAAGUAAAGAUCCUGUUUGCCAGGUCUCCAAGAAUGGGCAGACCCGUGAGCAUGCCUUUCUGGCUUACACCCUAGGUGUGAAACAGCUGAUUGUUGGUGUCAACAAAAUGGAUUCUACUGAGCUACCCUACAGCCAGAAGAGAUAUGAGGAAAUCAUAAAGGAAGUCAGCACUUACAUUAAGAACAUUGUCUACAACCCUGACACGGUCGUAUUUAUGCCAAUUUCCAGUUGGAAUGGUGAAAACAUGCUGGAGUCAAGUGCCAAUAUGCCUUGGUUAAUAGAGAAAGUCACCUGUAAAGAUGGCAGCUCCAGUGGCAACACACUACUAGAAGCUUUGGAUUAUAUCUUGCCACCAACUCCUCCAACUGACAAGCCCCUGAAACUGCCCCUCCAAGAUGUGUAUGAAAUUAGUGAUAUUAGCACUGUCCUUGUGGGCCAAGUGGAGGUUUGUGUUCUCAAACCUAUCAUAGUGGUUACCUUUGCUCCAGUCAAUAUGCCAAGAGAAGACAAGUCUGUUGAAAUGCACCAAGAAACACUGAGUGAACCUCUUUCUAGGGACAAAGUGGGCUUCAAUGUAAAGAAUAAUAUGUCCAUCAAAGAUAUUAGACGUGGCAAUGUUGCUGCUGGCAGCAAAAAUGACCCACCAAUGGAAGCAGCUGGCUUCACUGCUCAGGUGAAUAUCUUGAACCAUCCAAGUUAUGAUGGCUAUGCUCCUGUACUGGGUUGCCACACUGCUCACAUAGCAAGCAAGUUUUCUGAGCUUAAAGAAAAGAUUGAUAAUCAUUCUGGCAGGAAGCUGGAAGAGGGCCCUAAAUUCUUGAAGUUUGGUGAUGCAGCCAUUGUUGAUAUGGUCCCUGGCAAGCCCACGUGUGUUGAGAGCUUCUCUGACUACUCUCCACUGGGUUGUUUUGCUGUUCAUGUCAUGAGGCAGACAGUUGCUGUGGAUGUCUUCAAAGCUGUGGACAAGAAGGCUGCUGGAACUGAUGAAGUCACCAAGUCUGCCCAGAAAGCUCAGAAGGCUAAAUGA